UUCUCCAAUACAGUUUAUUAAAUACGCUCUGUUGUGUUAGCUUUCAAAAAUUAUACAUUAUCAACUUUAGAACCUUUAAUUUGUUUAUUAUUUUAUUACUAUAAAAUUUUCAAUAUUUGAUAAAAAAUAUUAUAACUAACAUUUAUUGGAAAUAAUAACAAUGAAAUAUUCAACACGUUCUUUGACAUUACUCUUUAUAAGUGCUGGAGUUCUAGUGACGGGUUUGAGAUUUUUAGAACCAUUGGAUGCCAUAAUACGAUCAAAGUAUGGUAUGCCUUUUGGUGACUUAAAACCAAAAUGCGAUAGCAAAGAUCCAAAUUUAUAUAAUGAACUUGUUGAAUUACAAACACAAGAAGGUGAAAUUAGAAGUCAAUUAACUGCGGCUUUAAUUGCCAAAGCCAGAGAAUUGGGAUAUUUUCCUGAACAGUGGAUACAAGAUAAUUGUUUAACAAAUGUGAAUUUAAUAAAUAUUUCCCAAGUUGCAAUAGACAAGGCGCAAAUUUGUGUAGAUCCAAAUCAACAAUUACAGGGAGCAGAAGUUGAUAAAGCAAAACAAGAUUUUCUUAAAGGAUUAUGCCACGCAGUGUCAAUAUCUGCACAAUGGGUAUACAUGAACAAUUUGUGAUGCAAGGAACAAGAAAAUAAAAAAAUUCAUGUUUCAUAUAGUUUCAGGCUAAUAUUAUUGACAAAUAUUUAGAAUUAAAAUAAUCAAAUAUUUCAGUUCAUUUCAAAAUACAAUGGAAAUACUUUCAGAUUUUAAAAGUUUUUAUAAAUAUUGUAGAAUAGAUUAAAAUUUGCAAAAAUUUAUUUACAAGUAUGAAAAAUAAAAAAUUUUAAACAAA